UAUAUAUAUACAUAUGUGUAAUAUAAAAAACGAUAAAAUGAAAACGGACGAUGAGUAAGAGCAGUUUCGCUAGCCGUCAUUGUUAAAAUUUGUGAAAGUAUUUUUUUGUAAAUUACAUUUUUUUAAACUACAUAUAUUUAUCUAUAUACAUUAUUUUACUGUACGUUUUUAUAUUUAAUCAUUUUUUCCGUACUAAAUAAUUAUUAUUAUUGUUAUUAUUAUUACUAGUACUAUAGUAAAUUAUAAAAUUAAGUAAAUAAUUAUUAAUUUUUCAAGUGGAAAAAUUUUAAAUUUUCUCUUGUGUAAAUAUGCAUAUAUAAUUAUUGUUAUUGUCAUCUACAUGUAUAUAUAUUUUUUUUAGCUGUCAGUUUUUUGGUUCAAUUGAAAAAAACUUGGAGUGGAAGUGGAUAAAUUUUGUUAAGUAAUUAAGCACUGGAUUAAUCAAGUGGAAGUAAAAUUGAUAAAUUACGGAUCAAAAAUGCUUAAAGACAUUGAACCAAUUGGCAAUUGUAAUAAUAGUAACAAUAAUAAUAAUGGAACAAGACAACGGAGAUAUUUUCCACGAUUUUCACUUCGUACUUUAUUGUAUUCGAGUCCUUUGAUAGGCCGCCGUAUUGUCAGGACAUCGAGUUCUAAUAAUCGUAGCAAAGGAAAAGACAGAUCGAGUGACGUCGAAAGAGGGGAAAGUAAAUCGACGACGAACUCAAAUAAUUUUUCACCAAACAGUGAUUUGUAUCGUGCACCCAGUCGUGGGUCUGUAUUGAGUUCAACUGCUGGCAAGAGCUGUGAAAAUGGAUUAAUAGAAUGUCCAUUAUGUCUGGCAGAAUUGCCAGCAGAAGUAUUUCCAUCAAUUCAGUCAUGUCACCACCGCAGUUGCUACGAUUGUUUCCAGCAGUAUUUAAAAGUUGAAAUUUCGGAAUCGCGAGUCAACAUUGCUUGUCCAGAAUGCGCUGAGCCACUUCAUCCUAAUGAUAUAAGAAUGAUAUUAAAUGACCAAGUACAGCUCGAAAAAUAUGAAGAUUUCAUGGUCCGGCGAGUGCUCGCGGUCGAACCGGACGCGCGGUGGUGCCCUGCGCCCGACUGCUGUUUUGCGGUUAUCGCGAGCGGAUGUGCGUCUUGCCCAAAAUUACACUGUGAGCGUCCUGGUUGUGAUUAUUACUUUUGUUAUCACUGCAAGGCGCGAUGGCACCCAAAUCAAACCUGCGACGCAGCUCGGGCCCAACGUGCUCAGCACUAUGACCGCAGCUCCUCAAUGAGUUUUAGUCAAAGUGACUCCCAGCAUCGUGAUGACAUAAAACCGUGCCCGCGAUGCCAAGUUCUGAUCGUCAAAAUGGAGGACGGGAGUUGCAAUCACAUGACCUGCGCAGUAUGCGGCGCAGAAUUUUGUUGGUUAUGUAUGAAGGAGAUAAGCGAUUUGCAUUAUUUAAGUCCGUCGGGUUGCACAUUUUGGGGAAAGAAGCCAUGGUCGAGGAAAAAAAAAAUAUUGUGGCAGCUGGGGACACUUGUUGGGGCACCGGUUGGUAUUGGACUUGUUGCUGGUAUUGCUGUACCUGCGAUGAUUAUUGGAAUCCCAGUGUGGGUCGGCCGUAAACUGUACGCUCGUUACUGCAAUGCAAAUAAACACAGAAGAAACGCAUUUAUCCUAGGUGGCGUCACUGCAUCGAUUUUAGUAUCGCCAGUUCUAGCCGGUUUAGCUGUAGGAAUCGGAGUACCGAUAUUAUUAUUUUACGUUUAUGGUGUUGUACCAGUAUCAUUAUGCCGCAGUGGGGGUUGCGGCGUAUCAACAAAUGGUUCUGGUGUACGGUUCGAUUUCGAUGAUGAAAAUGAAUUAAUGGGAGCACUCGGUGUCAGAAAUAUUGGAGACGCGGCGUCAAUAGAUGUAGCAAGUCAUCGCGGCGGAAACCCAUCGAUUGGCGAAGCCUCAUUGUCACUGGGUAGCGGCAGUCAAUUGGAAAAACUGGGACGCGAAAAUGACCGUGAGAGUGCCAGUAAUGUUGCCUUGGCCGGUACCAGCUUAGCUGGAAGUAUCGCCUCCAGUGUGUUACCCGGGGGUCAGCGUCUAGAAGUUCAAGCCGACGUUACUUCGACUCAAAGGUUUAGUUUAUGCAGCGAAACGGCCUCCGCAGCAACAAGUUUAUCUGAAAAAUCAGUUAACGCUUCAAUAGCCGCCGAUGAUGGCGCAGCCUCUACCCGAGCACUUGCUGGCUCCGUGCUCAAUUUCAAGAUGGACACAACGUCAAUAAAAAAUAGUGAAAAUGAAACAACGAACUCGAUAAAUUCAUCAACGGUACCUAAUAUUGAAUCUGCUGGUCAAGCGGCUUCGCUGAGCUCACUUGAGGAAAUAGCUGCGGGUCAUGCGAAACGUGCACGUAGAAGACCUACAUUAGACAGACAACACAGUGAUUCUAGUAAUUGGACUAUCGGUGGAAGCAGCGGGACAGGGGCAGCUACAGGAAAUGAAGACGGCGGGUCUGAACGUGUUAGAUUUGAUGAUCAUGUUAGUUUUAUUGAAGCUGAUGAUAAAAAUGAAGCCACCUCUGUUACACGUACUGACAGAUCAAUUAGAAAUAAGAAGAGAAAUAAAGAUUGUGAUGAUAUUGAAGCUCAAAAAAUAUCUAGAAAUUUAUCAAAUGACGAGUCAGCCGAGUCAUUAGAACUCGAAAUACGUGAUAAAACAAAUGUCGCAGCUCUGCGUAAUAUUUUCUUCCAUAACUCAUCUACAACAUCCGUCGUAAGUGAUUCAAAUAAACGUUUGCCUGUUAUCGAGGAACCAAGUCCGGCCUCGAAUUCAACCACACCAACAACACCAACACCAACAACAUCAUCAUCAUCGAUCUCGAAUGUCAAUAAUUCAAUUCCAUUAUUAUCUAACGAUAACUUCGGUGAUACUGUUGUGAACAUUGAUAACGAAUUUAAUACUUUUAAUUCCUAAAUUAAUCAAUAAUUAGCGAAUUAUUGAUUAGAGGAAGGGGAGAAAAUAAUGAUGAUAAUAAAUUUUUUUUUAAUUUUUUUCUUUGAAAGUAAAAAUAAAUUUAAGACUGAAAAUAAAAAUUUUUUGAAAAAAAAUUUCAGGCCGGACUAGAAAAAAAAAUUCUAAAUUUUUUUGUCCUUUGAAUUUAUAGAACUAUUAUUUUUUUAAUUUUUUUUUAUUAAAAGGGGGUAAUUUUGAAAGAUGUAUAUAUUUAUAUAUAUACAUGUUUAAUAAAAUAUAUAAAUUAUAUAUUAUUGCGUGUGUUGAGUACUUUAAAAAAUGGUGAUCGUUGGUGAAAAGGAAUUGUGAGUAAACUACUGGGCUUAGAAAAAAGUCAUAAGGAAAUUUUCUAUGGAAAAUUAAAUGAGGAAUAAAAAUAGUCCUCUACAAUUUUUUCAUAUCUUUGAUAGUUUGGAAGAUAUUUUUAUUUUGAUUAAAAAUUUUGUUGAAAAUGAAUUUAUAUUUUUUUAUCUGAGUACUUUAUGUUUGAAUGGUUAUUGCGGUUAAAAAAAUGAGUUUGAAAAAAAAUGUAAGGAGACUUUUUUUGAGAUAAUUAAAUUUUCUUUAAAUUAAGUCCUUGUCACUAUUUACCUAAACCCAGUUCUUUUCGAAAUAUUUAAUAUAAACUAAAAAUAAAAAAGUAUAAUCGACUUAAAAUGUAAAAAUAAUAAUAAUAAUAAUGGCUUAUAACUAAUUAAAUAUAAGCAAUUGGUCAGUCCACUACAAAAAUCAAUUAUUAAUGAUAAUAAUUUUAAACAAAAAUUUGAUGCCAAAAUAUUUAAAAAAAAUUAAUUAAAAAUUUACAAUAAUUU